UCGUCGAGCGCACGGCCGGCGGCGGCGGCGGCUGCGUUUCAAGAUGGCAGCCAAGCGGAGACGCUGAGAGGAAAGCGGCCCGAAAAAGCGCGCGUGUGUGUGUGCGUGUGUCACGACCGGGAGCGUGCGUCGUUCGGCGGGCGCGUUCGGCCCCUGCAACCCCCGGCCCGGCCGCCAUGCGACACUGGGACUGCCACACGGACGGGCACAGCGGCGUCAACCAGCUCGGGGGCGUGUAUGUCAACGGGCGGCCUCUGCCGGACUCGACGCGACAGAAGAUCGUCGAGCUGGCGCACUCCGGGGCCCGGCCGUGCGACAUCUCGCGCAUCCUCCAAGUCUCCAACGGAUGUGUCUCCAAGAUACUCGGAAGGUACUACGAGACGGGCUCUAUCCGGCCGCGAGCCAUCGGUGGCAGCAAGCCGCGCGUGGCGACCCCGGACGUUGUGGGCAAGAUCGCCGCGUUCAAGCGCGAGUGCCCCUCCAUCUUCGCCUGGGAGAUCCGAGACCGGCUCCUCUCCGAAGGCAUGUGCUCCGGUGACAACGUGCCCAGUGUGUCCUCCAUCAACCGCGUCCUGCGCAACCUGGCCGCGCAGAAGGAGCAGCAGCAGGCCGCCGUGCAGGGCGUGUACGACAAGCUGCGCGUGCUAAGCGGCGCCUCCCCGCUGGGCUCCGCUGCGGCGGCGGCCGCAUGCUGGGGCCCGUGGCAGCCCGCGCAGCCGACGCCCACGCAGCCCGGAGCACAGGGUCCACUGGCCGCGGCCGUGGCGGCGGCGGCGGCAGCCUCCACCACGCUGCACGCGGCACAGCACAACAAGGCGACCGCGGAGCUGGACACGGAGUCCCAAGAAAGCGGCGACGACGAUGCGGCGGCACGUUUGCGACUCAAGCGCAAGCUUCAACGGAACCGAACCUCCUUCUCCAUGGAGCAGAUAGAGGCGCUAGAGAAAGAAUUCGAGCGCACCCACUACCCGGACGUCUUUGCGCGAGAGAGGCUAGCCGCCAAGAUCGACCUGCCCGAGGCACGUAUUCAGGUCUGGUUCUCCAACCGGCGGGCCAAGUGGCGCCGCGAGGAGAAGCUGCGCAGCCAGCGACGGGACGGCGCCGGCAACGGCGGCGGCGGCCUCGGCACCGGAUGCAGUCCUCCGCGGCCGAGUCCCGGCUACGCGAGCCCGCUGUACCCGUCCCUGCACGCGCCCUCGGGCUGCGGAGGCGGCAGCGGCGGCGUCGUUCCGGACGUCUACGGCAGCGGGUCGCCGGCCACGGGCUACGCGGCGGCCGCGGCCGCUGCCGCGGCGGCUGCGUCGUGCCUUCAGCAGCAGCAACAGCACCACCAGCACCAGCAGCACCAACACCAGCAGUCGCACCACGGCUCGGCGACGGUGCCGCCGCCCCCGACCUCGCCGUACGCGCCCUGCGUGCUGGGCCCGUCGGGAGGCGCGGCGACCGCCGCCGUCUCCAGGUCGCCGUACGACUCGAUCACCGGCCCCUACCCGUCCAGGCCGUCGCACCUCAACGCUCAGCUGGCCGGAGCCGGAUCCACGGGGCUCAUCUCUCCGGGCGUGUCGGUGCCCGUGCAAGUGCCCGGCCACAACAGCGGCGACCACCUGGCGUCCAGCUACUGGCCUCGGAUCCAGUAGGCGCCGCCUGACUCUGCGGCAGAGGCGAACGGGCGCAUGCCCCAGCGGCUGGGAUACUUUUGAUGAUGGCCGCGGCGUCGUUAACUCUGCACCGGAAUCCCAUCACCGACGUACGUUCCGAUUCGGAUGCGAAUUAAGCACAGUUCGGCACUGCGUCUCGCGAAGGCGAGAUCAUUUCUUGCUCGUAUGUAGAGAAAAAAAAAAAUGAGAAGGCGCUUUCGGGCGCCUUGUGGCGUCGCAGAUGUGCUCCACCGAGCUCCCCCACCUGCCUGCAGAGAGCUAGCUAAUCGCGCAGUGGACACGUUCGAAAUCUUGAAGACGGCACCAAUAUUUGCCACAGAUAUAUUCGAGUGCGGCGGGCAGGAAAGGUAUAAAUAUGAAUAUUGGCACGCGCAUUUCUUCCAACGUCGAUCUUCUUGAUCUAAGCCUUUGUCAUCUAGAUAACGAGGUGCGCGUGUGGGCAUGUUGCCAGACGUGUAGCGAAUUAAUUUCCGUGUGAACUGAACCGGCCGUGCUCAUUUCAAAAAAGACGUUGAACAAAGUUUCAAUUGGGUUUCACUUGCGCAGAGCCCUGUUGUUUCACCGUCGACGACACUGACAAAAUAUUUUAAAAAGCCGUAGAUUUAUAAAUAAUCUCUUCCACUCCCCUUUUCUUUUUUCAUGGGAUGAAUCAAAGUAUAGACUUUAAUCGGACCACAAUCGCCGUGGCCUAUACAGCGUAGUCUAUAUACUUAUAUAUACCGUGUUGCGUCCGUCCAACCACGAUUGGCACCCGUCGCUUUUUGUUCGCACGGGCGCUUUGCCGAACUGUGCCUCCAAUUCGAACGUGAAGCUCGCCGCGAGCCACCGUCGUACGUUCAACCCUGCCCCGUCCCCUCAAGCGGAACACUGGUGACGCCGCAGAGUCUGGGCUGCUCUCACUGGCAUCCGCCGCCCACGCGUCCCACGAAUACGGGCGACCAUGCAAGAAGACUGUCGUCACUGCAGUGCAGGAUGUGCAGGCCCUCUGACCCCACCCUCUUCCUGUGCUGUGAAACUGUAAUGAAGCGACAAGGAACCCAGUGACAAUUGUGCGCGUGCUUCGCAGUUUUAUUAUUUGUGAUCCGUCUUACGAACAACGUGGGAAGCGUCGAAUCGAUUCUCUGCACCGACUCGCCGCCUGUCGAAAAGUCGCGUUGGAAUUGACGCUGCAUGCUGCCGUGUAGUGGCGCGGUCGCUGGACUUGACGCGGGGCGAACAAACUAAGAACUCCGAAUGGGGCGGCCUUUUUUUUUUUUGCACGGAAUUAAGGAAUGCAUGAUUGCGGAGCCGGGUCAUAAGGGGACCGCGUGCAAGGCGCUCGCAGUCACCGAAAAAAAAAAAAAGAACCUGACAUAGAUGGUGCUGCGGGUGAUUGCAUGCUUUCGGCACACUUUUUCACGAAAGCUUUAUAUGGAGGAUACUCUAACGACGUAAUUUAAUGCUUACUCAUAGCCUCAAGGCUUGCGUGCUCGUUACAGGCGUUAACAUCCUUUGUGCAUUUUUUUUUCUGUCGGGAACUUCACAUUAAUAGGUAUCCACACGCUUCUAAGUCACACUGACCUCUUCUCGAAAAUCUCUGCGAAAGCGCAGGGACCGUUUUCACAUGAUCGGUGGAUAAAGAGGUCAUCGCAGUAAUAGCGCUACUGUUAACUUACGAACGCUAAAACUGUGCUUCCAGCACAUGAAGCAAGGUUAUUGUAUUCAAUGAUUACAGGAGCGAUGAAAUAUACUAUAUUGCGGCUGCUGUGGUUGCGAAUAGGCGCGACACAUUUGUAGGUGCGCACUCAUUUCGCGCCCCUGAGCAGUGCGUCCGCACAGCGGACGGACGAAUGCAAUGGAGAAACGAGCAAAGCGUACAGAAUGAACAGGCGGGUCACAUAUCAGCACGCGGGAUCAGGUAUACGCUAGCCUGUCAAAAUCAUACAUACACACUAUGAUCGAAUGGCCCUCCAGCUUAGUGCAUAAAAAGGCAAUCUUUUGUUGGGUUAAGUGGGCGAAAUGUAGCUGUUAGAAGACAGGUGAGAACAGACACACGUCUUGUCUGUCAUUUACUACGUGUGUCUUUAUUCGCGCCUGCCUUCUGAAACUUCGUACACUAAAGCUGCCUGCUUCUAAUGCAGUAUUCUUUUAUUUCUUUCCGUUUCGUGGCCGCCAUAUAUGGCGCGUUCUCCCGCUUCAAAACAGUGAAUUAGCCUUGUACCACGAGAUUUAUUCACCGCGACAUAUAUUCGUAAGAAACAAAGAAAAUAAAAAAAACAUUAAUCUGUAGCUUCGAUGAAAUUUCCAGAACGUUGAGCAAUCAUGUCGUCACUUCCGUUCGUCCCCAGAUUCGGUCAGGCAAUCAAAGCAUGUCGGCUAAUGACAAAAGAGCGGCUGGACGAUCCGAGCAUUAAUGCUGUGGCAGCAAAACGGCAGCCCGAGAUCGGAUAGCCUCAGGCGACGAGUCGGUGGGCGCGGAAAGGGCGAAACUGCAUGCUUUAUACCAGAGCCGUGUAUACCUCAACGUGUGAACCGGAGGUGUGGCAGAGACGUUCGCACGUGAGACUCGAGAACGUGGUGUGCGCGUGUACGUGUGUGUGUGUGUGUGUGCGACGUGGAAGAGACAUGGUCGAAGCGCCGCGGCGCACGUGCUCCCCGUGCUGCAGCCACGUGAUGCACUUUCGGCUCGAACGCUCUAGUGCCUCGCAGUUUUCGUAAAUAAACGCAUUUCAUCGUCACACCUG